UAAUUUUCCUCCACUACUUGUUGAAGACAUAGACAGCACUUCCUUUCUCUCUUUCAAUUUUUUAUUUUUAUUUUUAAAUUUAUUCUCUUUUUAUCCUUCUCUGCACUAUUUAUAUCCCCUGAAGGAUGCCAAACAGUUCAGGCGUUCUUAAUUAGUUCUUUCAAGGUCUGCUCUAAGGACCAUUCCUGCCCUCUGCUCAGACCCGUUAAUUUUUUUUUUCAUUUUAGUGCAAAAUCAUGGGGGAUAGGCUGCGUUUGGCUGUUGGAGUAAUGGGGAAUGCGGCUUCGAUGUUACUUUAUGCUGCUCCCAUACUAACUUUUUCAAGGGUCAUAAGGAAGAAAAGCACUGAGGAGUUUUCAAGCGUUCCGUACAUCCUUGCACUAUUCAACUGUUUCCUCUACACUUGGUAUGGCUUGCCUGUAGUAAGCUGCGGGUGGGAAAAUUUCCCUCUGGUCACCAUUAAUGGCUUAGGAAUUCUUCUUGAGAUUUCCUUCAUUCUCAUAUAUUUUUGGUUUGCUCCAGCCGGAGGAAAGAAGAAGGUUGCUAUGACGGUGAUACCUGUUACCGCUGUGUCCUGCAUCACCGGGAUAAUAUCAACUUUCAUAUUCCAUGAUCACCACAGGCGAAAGGUAUUUGUUGGGAGUAUAGGACUCAUAGCCUCUGUAGCAAUGUAUGGCGCUCCUCUAGUGGUUGUGAAGAAAGUUAUACAAACCAAAAGCGUGGAAUUUAUGCCGUUCUACCUCUCUUUUUUCUCAUUCCUAGCAAGUUCACUUUGGAUGGCCUAUGGACUACUAAGCCAUGACCUUUUUCUUGCGUGUCCUAAUCUGGUGGGUAGCCCUUUAGGUAUCCUCCAGCUUGUGCUCUAUUGUAAGUACAGGAAAAGGGGAAUUAUGGAGGAACCACACAAAUGGGAUAUCGAAAACAAUAAUGAGGAUAAACUCAAACAAGAGUUGCAGCUCAAUGUUACUGACAAUACUAAUGGAAAGACUUAGAAGAAUUUUUUACACGAACAAGGUCUACUUGGAUUCUCUUUAACCUUCUAUAGCAACACGAACAAUUUGAGCUGCUGCUAAUAACUAAUGCACGCAUGCAUGCAGCUACAAUUUACUUGCUUGUGGCAGGGAAACUUUAUCUGAGUGGGUGGUAAUUUUCAGUGACUCAUAAGGAGGAAAUAGUAUUAGCUACUAAAGUUAUUCUUCUGAUAAAUGUAGAACAAUUAUCAAUGAAACUUUUCUUCUUGACAACA